CAUUCUCUGUCUCCCCUCUCCCUCUCUCUUAUUUUUUGUUCUGCGUUUCAUUUCUCUGGACGGGAGUCUUGAUGCAACAUUGACGAAAUACAGAGUUUUAAGUCACCGACUGCAGAAAUGCAAGCAAUCAGGUCUCUGUUAACCCCCAAGUGGUCCUCAGACGUGUCUCUGGAGGGAAAGACAGCCAUAGUCACGGGGGCAAACUCUGGCAUUGGAAAAGAGACGGCUAAAGACCUGGCCAGCAGAGGUGCCCGGGUGAUUUUGGCAUGCAGAGACAUGGCCAAAGGAGAACAAGCUGCUCGGGACAUUAUAAGAGAGGUGGAGGACGCAAAGGUCGUCACACGGCACCUGGAUCUGGCCGACACCAAGUCAAUCUGCCAGUUUGUCGAGAAUGUCUAUGACACUGAAAAGGCUCUUCACUACCUGAUCAACAAUGCUGGUGUGGCUAUUUGCCCUCACAACUUGACAGUGGACGGAUAUGAAAUGCAGUUUGGAGUAAAUCACUUGGGUCACUUCUUCCUCACUUUCCUGUUACUGGAUUUGCUGAAGCACUCGGCCCCCUCCCGAGUUAUCAAUGUGGCAUCGGGAGCUCACGCCAUGGGCAGGAUCCACUUUGAUGACCUGAGUGGUGAGAAGGACUAUCACCCGGUCAGGGCCUAUGCACAGAGCAAGCUGGCCUCUGUCCUUUUCACCAGAGAGUUGGCCAAGAGGACAGAAGUCUUCGGUGUGACGACUUACUCUGUGGACCCCGGUGUGGUCAACACUAAUUUGACCAGGCACAUACGGCGCCCUCUUGUGGACGUGUUGAAGAGGUUCAGUUGGCUGCUGAAGACCCCAGCAGAGGGAGCCUACACCACCGUCUACUGCGUCAUCACCCCCGAAAGCCAGCUGCUCACUGGAGGACACUACAAGGACUGUGCCAGCACAGAGGCGUGCAGAGCAGGUCAGGAUGAUGGCAUUGCUCUGAAGUUAUGGGCUGUGAGCUGCCACAUGCUUGGCAUCUGCUGGAGAUAAAUUAUAGCUUCAAUACUUACAGUAUAAUAAUAUGCUGUGCUCUCCCAUGUACUACAAAAAAACAAUAUUCAUGAGCUCAUAUAGCAAAAGAGUGAAAAUUGACAGCAAAGCGGGUGACAGUGAAAGCUUUAAGUGGGAUGAGAGAAGUCUAACUGGUGAGAAAGCCAUGCAAGUUGAUUGGAGCUGCACUUAAUUAAAAGAAAUAUGGCUUACAAUCCAUUUUUUUUUUUGGUUGGGGACAGCUAAUUCGUGAAAUUAGGAUUAAGCAGCCUGGUCCACUCUGAUUUUGUCAUGACAAAAGUUUUAUUAUGAUUAUUUUUAAGCUCAAUAAUAGUGAUUAAUGCUGUAUCUAACAUAUAGAGUGUCCUUCUCUUACGGCACAUGCUGUAAAUCAGGGGUCUCAAAGUCAAAUGACCUGGGGGCCACGUGAGCUUCAAACCUGGUCAGUAGGGGGCGCUCAUGUGAAGAAAAGUCCAACUGUGUGGGAAAAACACACCUGUUCAGACGGGGUCAUCGAUAUAAACUUAAAAUCACAUCAUUCCAUCAUGAUAUCGCAGUAACAUUUGUGAUGAUAU